AUACUGUAAUAGUCUUUUGUAUGGCGGUUUGUCCAGAAUGCUGCAGCUAGACUUCUAACGAAUACACCCAAGUUACCACACAUUCACCAAUACUGUAUCAUCUUCACUGGUUACCUGUUUUGUGCAGGAUCAACUUCAAAAUCAUCCUGUUAACAUACAAAGCCAUCCAUGGUCUUGCUCCUAGAUACUUAAUGAAUCUUGUCAUCAUUAGAAGGGGUCUAGAUAUCAUCACAGGUCAGCAAAGUAGGGUUAGAGGCGUCUGUCCCCGGGAAAGAUCAGGACAUCACCGAUGCCAGCAGGGUUGGGUUCUCCGGGUGGACGGGGCAGACAUAUCCCCCUACAGCGGUUUAGGUUUGCCUAUUUGUUGUCUCGUUCUCCACUAUAGGAGACACGCCAUCAUGACGAAGUCCAUCGCCAUGUUUCUGCUGGUCAUUGGCAUAAUGGCAGUGGUCGCUAUGCCAACCGAAGCCCAAAGGAGGGGACGCAAAAACGGCUGCGCAAUGAGAGCUGGAAAUAGAAGAGCCCAUUGCAGAAGCAACACAUCGUUUAUAAAGAGAAUCUUAGAGGCACAAAGGCAGGGUGAUGUUGCCCCGGAUACACCCGAGGAACGCGACUGGGCAGAACUGGAGGCAGAGCGGCGGGGGAAGGACGCCGACACGGUACAGGAAAAACUCCGACUCCUCAACGAACUACUCGAGGAGUUGGACCUCUACGACAUGAAGUAAAACCCAAGCAUCGCCAGCCAGUAAUUUUUUUUACCAGUGGAAAAUGAGGGCGCCCUCUAAUAUUACUCUCGAGUACUCACUAGCAGGUGGAUCCUGUAUAAAAGCUGUGUUAUGCUUUUCAACGUUUCAGCGCGAGCGAGAAUUGAGCAAACGACCACUGCUCACCGCUUUUUCAGAAUUAGUUUCCAUGCUUCCUCAGGUAGGACUUAUUUCACUCCAGGGUACAACUUAAGCUUACUAAGUGAGCAGCAUAGUUCAGCUAACGACUUUGCUAGACAACUGUAAUCUACAGAACUAGUAUCGAAUACACCCGAACCGUUAUACACAGACCCACUGUACUCGAUUGCGCUUGAGUAGAAUACACAAAGUCGCCACUUUUAAAAUCCAUAAACAGAAUGAUGCAUCCAGUAUUCGAACACUGAGGUAUCGGAGAUUCCUUGUCACACAGGUGCAAACAUGACAAUGCCCACACGCCAAAGAAUGUUUAAUGGUUUGUCAGUGGCGUGGAGUAAAGAAUACAUUGAAGCUUAACAUAGAUGCUGGAAAACGUUGGAAUGUGAGAAAGUUAAUGGUCUGUCUCGAGUAACACGGCUGGGGACGGCAUUUGGCAUGUUCAACGUAUAUUGGAAAUCAAAGGAAAAAAAACACUAACAAUUUUGACACUAAAAUUCAGAACAAGAGGGGUGUGAAAAUAUCACUCUUGUUGUAUGACGGCGGAGGGAAGCACUUCAGUCUAUCUUUAAACACUGUAAAAUAAAUAGUGUCUUCAUUAUA